UAGACACAGAGACAAAAAAAGGAGUCAACAUUGGGGGCGAUUCGAUGCCUGAAAAUAUGCAUAUGUCCGAGGACAAAAGCCUUGAGAAAACUUCUGAGGGUGAUGUCGCUGGGAAAAAGAAAAAGAAAUCAAAGAAGGACAAGGGUCAAACAUGGGCAAAGGAAGGACAACCAGAUCCCUUUGAAGUGUUGGACGCCUUACCUGAAGAGAAGCAGCAGGAGAUCCAGAGAGCACUGCACCUCUUCUCUUUAGGCCAGGGCCCACCCAAGAGCCUAAAAGAUGCCCACAAGCACAACUUCUGCUUCUGGAACAGCCAGCCAGUUAUGAAGAUAGGAGAAGAGGUGACGUCACAUGGACCCAUACAGACAGAGAAGCCGAAUAUUCGACAAACCUGCUAUUCUCUUCCUGAAGGCUUCUGCUGGGACAAAUUGGAUCUAAAAAACUCCGAACAGCUGGGGGAGCUGUGCACAUUGCUUAAUGAAAACUACACAGAAGGAGACGACAACACAGUUCGUUUCUACUACUCUCCUGAGUUCCUGUUAUGGGCCCUGUGUCCCCCUGGUUGGCAUCCUGAGUGGCAUUGUGGAGUGCGGGUGAACUCUAACAGGAAACUAGUGGGCUUCGUUAGUGCUGUCCCUGCCACCUUUAAAAUAUAUGACACAGAAAAGAAAAUGGUGGAGGUAAACUUCUUGUGUGUGCAUAAAAAGCUUCGCUCCAAGCGUAUGGCUCCAGUUCUUAUCCGUGAGAUAACAAGGCGGGUCCAGCAGCAGGGUUUCUACCAGGCCAUCUACAGUGCUGCUGUUGUACUUCCAACUCCUGUGACAACUUGCAGGUACUGGUAUCGAUCCUUGAACCCACGCAAGUUGAUUGAGAUAAAUUUCUCAUCUCUCCCACGCAACAUGACCCUACAGCGUGCACUCAAGCUGUACCGAUUGCCAGAGAUAAGCAAAACUGCUGGUCUACGCCUAAUGACCUUGGCUGACGUACCCAAAGUGCAAGACCUUCUGAGAGACUAUCUCAAAGACUUUUAUCUUCUCCCCAUAUUAAACAAGGAAGAGACUCAACACUGGCUCCUGCCCAGAGAUGGAAUCAUUGAUACGUAUGUAGUUGAGGAUUUAGGUGGUGAAGUAACUGAUUUGGUUAGUUUUUAUACCUUGACCUCCACUGUUUUGAAUCAUCAUACCCAUCACAGCCUGAAGGCAGCAUACUCUCUAUAUACGGUCACUACUGCUACCCCACUACAGCAGCUCAUCGAGGAUGUCCUCAUCAUAGCAAAAGCAAGAGGAUAUGAUGUGUUUAUGGCCCUGGAUGUUAUGAGAAAUAAAGCAUUUCUGGAACCUUUGAAGUUUACACAAGGAGACAACACCAUGCAUUACUACCUUUACAACUGGACCUGCCCUACCAUAACCCCAGACAAGGUCGGCACGGUGCUCAAGUAAUAUCCGCAGGAGUUUUCAGAGGAGAGGAGAUGCUGCUGCUGGCUGUUCUUGUUUCUGUAAUGUUUAAUAAACUGAUCAGCUCAAAUGAUAUCAAGAUACAUAUAAGCAGCUCAAGAACACACCAGAGUAGCAGCGUCAAUGAGAGUGGUUGAAAAUUAUAAGAUUACAUAUUUUGUUAACGGUUGUUAACAUAUGAACCAUAAAAUACAAAUGAUAUCUAUUACAAUAGUUUGAUUUGAAAUAUCAAGUUAACAAGAAGCUAAUGAAAAUAUGCUUACCAUUGUAUAAAUUCAUAACAAUCAUUUUUGUGAAUAGAGACACACAUGGACAGAAAUAAUGUAGGAUAAUUUUCACCCUAAUGAUCAAAUCGAUAAUUAGAAGAAAAUAAAGAUGUUCUAGUUACAUACGCACCCUUUAAAUGUUUUAUAGCAGUAUUUAAUUGUGAAUGAGUUUCUAUUUCUUUUUGAACAAUAAAAUAAAUUUAUAAACAAAUA